CAAUCUCUCAGUUUGUGUCGAGAGUUAAAACGGAUCUGUUGCAAAAGAAACUUGAAAAUACCCGAAACGGAUGUGUUGAUAUUUGGAAAAAAAAAAGAAUAAGCAAAAAUUUUUUCCUUCUUCUUCAUUAAUAUUCAAAGCAAGGACAUUUCUAUAAGAAUGUUGUAAGAAAAGUGAAUUAUAAUUGCUAUUUAAAAGUUUAUAGAAUAAUAAAAAUGUAAAAAAUUAUACGGAAAAAAGUGUAACCUCAAAUGAGAAAAUGAAAUAAAACCCCCUCUUGAAAAAAAAAUAAGCAAGAAAAUCUAGUCCCUGUUUUAUGUGUGUAUAUCUUUGGUUUAUCAAUAUAACGCUGUGCUUAUAGAUUCUCCUUUCGUUACAAAUCCUCCCUUGAACAUCUUCAAUAGUAGGUUCGUAUAAGCCCGAAGAAAACGAAAAAAAAGUAGAAAAGUUACCAACAAGGAACCCGAAAAACACCAAAAAAUGCGGUUAUGCUUACAAUUAUUAUUAUCAAUCAGAAAAAUAUGCUAACGACAAUUCAAUCAAACCUACCUAAAUGCAAUGUGCAAACAAUAUAGCAACUUUAAAUGAAUUAACUUAAAUAUCUUUAUAAAAUCAAUUAAAAAAAAAAUACUCCUUUCCUUACAGCAACACUCGUAAGAUUAUAUAUAACAACAACAAAAAUACACUUCCUCCUUAUUAGCAUAUAAGCAUUCAAACACAGGAAAAAAAAAUAAAUAAAAACUGUUAAUAAUCGAGGCCUUAGAAAAGAUUGCUUUAGACGCACAUUAUAAAGUAAAAAAAAUAUAAAAACUUAAAUAUUUAACAUAAUUAAAAACAAAAAAACAUAUAUAUAGCAACAGGAUACUUAUAUAUUAAAAAAAAAAACGUAUUAAAAUAUUAGUAUAAUCUUAUAUCUUCCAUUAGAAUUUUUAAAUUAAUACAAAAACAAACAAAAAGUAUCUUGAAAUUAAACAUUUAAAAAAAAGUUAAAUAUUUUAAAAAUUUAAACUCAAUAUCUUUACAAAAACCAAAAUUUAAAAAAAAAGGCUCUCCUGAUUUCCCUUCUCUAUUAUCUCAAAUCGUGUUGUGAGACGUAUUUUGAAUAAAAAAAAAAAAACACAAACAAAAUAAAAUUCAAUCGAGCUUUUAGAAGACACAUAAAAAAGAAAAAAAAAACAAUCAAUCACUCAGAUAAACCACAUUUGCACUCACAACAAAAACAAAAACAAAAAAACACUCACUCAAUUUAAAAUUCAAAAAAUUCAAACAAAAAAAAAAACUUCAUUAUCCUUAACCUCUUACAAGGAUAUAAUUCAAACAAACAAGGAAAAGGACCUUAAAGCCCACAAAUAUACACGUCAGGUCAACCUUGCACUUUGCUCUACUUCUUCUCUCUCGUAUAGACUGUUACGUGUUCGUGAUUUUGGCUCGUGUCCAGCUGCAUCAGGCCUCCUUUUGGCAUUCGGUGGGCACUUAGCGUUGUCCUUUGUUGCUGCUACUUCACGUGAGGGUGUUGUAUACAAUAUAAUAUUGUAUUUGAGAAGCAAGACAUCAAUUCAGCACAUUUAACAAAUCUCGCUGAAUGUGCACAACCCUACUUCUUUGCAAUAAUAUGGGGCUUCUCAUUUAAAGGAUGAACGACGGAGUAUAAGCACAUAAAUAACAAAAGCGUCAUGACCGGAUGUGAGGUGAGUGUUGGGACAGGACAUGCCAGUCAGGUUAGCCUGCCACCACAUAUCAGCAUUCUGAUCUGACUGUGUGCUAAUUUUUCAAACCACACCAUCAAGGAGUUACGAUGCAGGGUAUGAGUUACCUGCAGGACGACUCUAAACUGGAGGCUUUAACGCAAGCGGCAUUAAUAUGCAUCCUAGGCAUAGCAAUAGUCUUUUCAAAUUUAUUAAUUAUAGCUACGUAUGCUAAUUUUAAGGGUCCUACAGAGGUCAUCAAUUAUUAUCUACUAUCAUUAGCCGUAGCGGAUUUACUAUGCGGUUUAAUGGUAGUACCGUUCUCAGUGUAUCCAGCACUGUUGGGCGAAUGGAUGUAUGGCGACAUUUUGUGCCGUUUCACCGGAUAUCUAGAAGUGACCCUGUGGGCGGUGUCAGUUUAUACAUUUAUGUGGAUAUCGGUCGAUAGAUAUUUAGCUGUAAGAAAACCUCUCCGAUAUGAGACGGUGCAAACGAAAACAAGAUGCCAAUGCUGGAUGGCGUUCACAUGGAUAUCAGCAGCAUUGUUAUGUUGUCCGCCAAUACUUGGCUACAAUACACCAAUAUUCCAUCCCGAUUCACACAUUUGCAUGCUCGAUUGGGGCAACAUGGCUGCCUACAGUGUCACACUUUCGAUUUUAAUUUUAGGCCCUAGUGUUAUAUCAAUUGUACACAAUUAUGGUUAUAUAUUCGUUAUGAUGCGUAAAUUACGUUCCGGUGAGCCAAUACACGAUAAAGAAUACGCAACCGCUUUAGCUGAAAAUUUAUCGAAUCCUAGUCAUAUGAUGUCAUUCGCAUUAGUGUUUGCAUUCUGGAUAUCAUGGUUGCCGCUAAUAUCGGUUCGCAUAUACGAGGUGGUAACCGGUCACGUUGUUCAAAAUACUCUCUUGAAUUUCGGCCUCGUCUGGAUUGGUGUAUUGAAUUCCUUUUGGAAAAUAAUCAUCAUGACUGGUAUGUCGCCGCAAUUUCGUAUCGCAUUGAGAGUAUUUUGUUUAACAAUCUGCUGUAAGACUAAGGGCCGUUUGCAAGCUGAACUAAUCGGGUUGGACCCAGAUGACUAGAGUCGCUAGAUUUUCCCUUUUAAUUACCCUAACUGACAAGCCCAUCCUUCGGAAUUGUCCCAACAUAAAUUAAAAAUUUGACAACAAAUGAAUUGGAAACAAUCCUAAUUGGCUGAUUUAGAAUCUUCGGAUUCUAAUUUGUUACUAAAAAAAAUUAUUGUAUUUAGCAAAAUUGGCUAAAAAUUUUUAAAGUAAAGAGAAAAACAAAAUUUUUUUUCAAAAACAAAAAAGUAACUCAAAAGCUAAGUUGAUACAAAGGUGAGUUGAAGUAGUUGCGAUUCUUUGUAAAAAUAUUAUUAUUAUUUUUAUCAGUUCUCCAUCGAUAAGAACAGAAUUUUCCCUUCAGUUUGUUAUAAAAAAAUCGAUGCCAAAAGUCAGUUAUAAAUAUUAAAUAGUUGUAAGUUUUAUUAUUAUUUUCACUAGUUAAAAAUUAAAAUUUAAUUAUAAUUGUUAUAAAAUGUAAUAACUAAAUAAAUCGAAAAUUUUAAUUUCAUUUUUUUUUUAUUUUUGAAAUAUAUAAUCCAAAUUUUUAAAUUAAUUAGAAAACAGGAAUACUUUAGACUUUACUUUAAUUAAAACUAAAAAACAAAAUAAAACAAAUCA